AUGGCUCUGGUGAUGAUCACUACGUGGAACGCCAGUGAAGAAGAAACCAGACAAUUUCCCAAGCCCCCGAGCUCGCACCCACCUCGGUGGUCUUGCCCUGCGGAGCUGCAGCCAGUUCCCUUAGCGGAACAAAGAAAGCGGAGGUGCCGGGAGAGGGUUGGGUGCUGGAUUGACGCGGCUGGAGUUUGUACCUUGUGGUGCCCGGGAGCGCCAAGUCAGCCGGCCGGGACCACCCGCGCGCUCCGCCCUUCUCCGGCGAGUCAGCGGUCGCCCAGCAUCUGGCUCCGCACCAGGUCACCCCGGCUCGGGGAGCUGCGGGCGCCGAGGCUUGUCCGGGUCACCUGCGGCCCGGGCCGAACCCCGCCGAGCGCCCUCGGACUGCUCCGCCCCUUCCCACACGCGCCCUGCCCGGCCGGUGACUCAGCCGGGCAUUGGCGCUGCCCCGGGCGGGCGCGUCCGGGCUGGAGGCGAGGAGAGACCCAGGCACCCGCCCCAGCACGUGUCCGUUCGUCCCUGUCGCUCUCGAUCUGUCCCACCGGUCCCUUGAGGGGCGGAGGCUUGAAAGAAAACUUCCCAGAACCCUUUGCAGCCAGCUAUGGCUGUGAGGUGUCUGUCACUCUGGCGAUGAAGUACAGAAGAAAUCCGAUGCUGCCUUUGGAAAGGGGGUUAAUUUCUUGCUUAAAGGGGAAGAACAAGCGGGUGCCACCUCUUUUCCUUGCUUUCUGGAAUUCAGAGUCGGUGUCUAAAGGAGAACUAGCCAUCCUGUCACUAUGAAAGAAGUUGAUGCUAACACUGAUGCAUACAUGCUUUCUCCCAGAUUUCAUGUCUGUGGGAAAAGCCCUCCAACCAGACACUCAUAGCCAGGGUUUCUGGCACCUACGUCUUCAAAGAACUCAAAACGGAUAAACCCUUGAAAUGGGGAACAAGGUGUCCUGUAAACUGUUUGCAUAGUACUCAGGAAUCAGGAAUUCAGAACCGUCUCUGCUUCUAGCUAGCUAACUGUGGACUAAAUGAGGGUUCUUAUGAGGAUUAAACACAGAGCCAGUGUAAAGCAUGGGUCCCAGAGUUUGGCAAAAGAUAAGUAGACAAAAGACCUGAAUUCUCCUCAUCUGUGUGUUUGUAGACAACACACAGAGCCAAGCUGUUAAGAUUUUAUACAUCAAUCUUGGAUUAGGCCUAAUGGUAGCUUUGGUCAAGGGAGAUGGUGACAGCCAUCUCUUGCUCUAACUAUGCUACAUCCUUUCUGUCCUUUUUUUGCAUAUAUCAGAAUUUAGAUCUUUAAAGAUACCCUCAAGCUCAUUGUUACAUGGUAUGCUUUUCGAAAUAAAAAUGGAGGUAAUUUCCUUAGAACAAGGACUAUGCCUUGCAAGUUAUGAACGGGGCACACACACACACACACACACACACACACACACACACACACACACACACACGUAGGCUUAUAGGAAGUUAUUGUAGCUUUUUUGUUUGUUUGUUUUACAAUGUAAAUCACGGUAGGAAAACUGUGGGCUCUUCAGCCUCUCACCAACCUGUUAUCAUCUCCUGUAUGGCAUGUAGACUUUGGCUCUGGACAUCAUGUUCUGGUGUCAGCAGUGGUAGUAACCAUGACUCUGGCCUCCAUGUGUUGCUUCGUGCAUCCCUGUUCCUUAUGUUCCACACCUCCCCUGCCCUGUCGUUUCUGUUGCUGUGUUUAAAAAAAUGUUUAUACCAAAACCAAUAGGACCAUGACUCCUUGUGUUAUUUCUGAGAGUAAAUAAAAUUCAGGAAUAUAGAGUUCCUAUUACCUUUUCGGACACAUAUUUUGCACAGUAGAAUAGUAAAAGUUCUGAAAAUUCAUGUGUGAGAAAAGAGAGCAAAACAAAGAGAAAAUCCC